AUGGCUGCCCCAACACAUUCCAUUCAUACAGUAUUUUCGAUCGAGACCUACGAUAUUACCAAAAAAUUCGAUCGUUGGUUAAUGCGAUUGGAAAGCGCAUUCGAAGUUUUUCAAGUGCCUGAUGAUAAAAGAGCGGCCUAUUUACUCCAUUACAUGGGGCCAGAUGCUUAUGACGUUCUAUGUGAUAAAAUAUCACCCCAAAACCCCAAUGAUACACCUUACGAAGACCUUAUAAGAGAAACGAAGAACCAUUACAAUCCUGAGCCGUUGGAAAUUUCAGAAAAUUUUAGAUUCCUUCAAAGAAAACAAAAUGAUGGGGAAAGUGUUCAAGAAUAUUUGACGGCCCUACAACGCCUGGCAACAACUUGCAAAUUUGGUGAUUACUUGAAGAAAGCCCUUAGGAACCAAUUUGUUUUUAGUCUACGAACCCAAAAUAUUCAAAGCAGGCUAUUGGAGAUGAAGGAUUUGACAAUCGAGAGAGCCUUAGAGGUAGCGAUCAGCAUGGAAACUUCUGCCAGGGAUGCAGCACAACUUCAUCGGAAUAACGUGACCAGUUCUUCUGUGAAUAGUAUUAAAUGUGGAAAACAAAUGGGUGAUCGUCCUUUGAAAAUCAAGGCUUCUUCAAAGCCUUCUUCUAAUGAUAAAAAUUCUAAUAAGUCUUCUUAUUGUUACAUAUGUGGCUCUCCUUCUCACUUUGCGAAUACAUGUAAAUACAUCUCUUCUAUCUGUUCGAAAUGUAAAGUCAAGGGUCAUCUGGCAAAGGUAUGUUUCAAAGGCAGACAAAGCUCCAGGAAAGCUGAGCAUACCAAUCAAAUUGAGGAAAUUUUUGCGGUAGAAUCAGAACAUGAUAACGCGAAGCCGGUUUUUGUUAAAGCUAGGAAAAUUCCGUAUGCUUUGCAAGAUAAAGUUGAAGAAGAAUUGAGUAGGUUAGAAAAAGAGAAUAUUUUAGUCAAAGUAAAUCAAUCAGAAUGGGCUACACCAAUAGUUCCGGUUGUUAAAGCAAAUGGUAAUAUAAGAAUAUGCGGAGAUUUCAAAGUAACUCUAAACCCUAAUUUAAUUAUUGACGAACACCCGUUACCUUCAAUAGAAGAAUUAUUUGCAACAAUGUCAGGGGGAGAUAAAUUUACAAAAUUAGAUUUACAGCAAGCUUACUUACAAAUGGAAGUUCAUCCGGAAGAUCAGAAACUUUUGACAUUAAGUACGCAUAAAGGUCUUUAUCAAUGUACUCGUUUAUGGUAUGGAGUUGCUAGCGCCCCAGCCAUUUGGCAAAGAGAAAUAGAAAACAUACUUAAAGACAUACCCGGAGUAUCUGUAUUCAUAGAUGAUAUCAAAAUAACGGCACCAGACGACGAAACUCAUUACGAACGUCUAGAGGAGGUUUUGUCUAGAUUAGCUAAGCACAAUAUUCGAAUCAAUUAUGAUAAAUCUGAAUUCAUGAAAGACAAAAUAGAAUAUUGUGGUUACGUUAUUGAUAAGACUGGAAUACAUAAAGCACUAAAUAAAAUUCAGGCUAUUCAAAAUGCAAAAAUACCUAAAAAUAAAACAGAAGUUAGAGCUUUCACUGGUUAA